AUGCUCUGCUCCGAGAUUGUGGGCCGUGCCAAGUGCAUUGUGCCAGAAGCGGUCUUUCGGGAAAGAUAUUUGGUUGAUUCGCUUGCGCAAAGCGGUAGAUCUACAAGCCGCCGGUACCAUGAGCAGUUGCUUCAAUAUCAUUAUCUCUUGUCUGACCAGUACAUCGCUCACACACACGGUCUGCCUGACUGGAUCGCCUGGUUCGAUGCAGACGUUGUGCUGCACACGCACCAGAUACCAGACCUCUUGUUCCAGAACGGGCGGCCGGUGCUUCACGCGCGGCGAGCACCAGUCAACACCAUGACUGCCAUGUCUGCGGGGAUGGACUGGAUA